GCGCCCGGCGGUCCAUGGCGUAGAGUGGGCAGCCGCGGGGGCUACGGGGACCAGUGUUUGAGGGGCGUGAUGGGGGAGGCGGCUGUGGCCGCGGGGCCUUGUCCGCUGCGCGAGGACAGCUUCACACGCUUCUCGUCUCAGAGCAAUGUGUACGGGCUGGCGGGCGGCGCGGGUGGGCGCGGGGAGCUGCUGGCCGCCACCCUUAAAGGCAAGGUGCUAGGCUUCCGCUACCAAGACCUCCGACAGAAAAUCCGGCCCGUGGCCAAGGAGCUGCAGUUCAAUUACAUUCCCGUGGACGCAGAGAUUGUCUCCAUCGACACCUUCAACAAGUCACCCCCAAAGCAGGGCCUGGUGGUGGGGAUCACGUUCAUCAAGGAUUCAGGGGACAAGGGCAGCCCCUUCCUUAACAUCUACUGUGACUACGAGCCUGGCUCUGAGUACAACCUGGACUCCAUUGCCCAGAGCUGCCUGAACCUGGAGCUCCAGUUCACUCCUUUCCAACUGUGCCACGCAGAGGUCCAGGUUGGGGAUCAACUGGAGACCGUGUUUCUCCUGAGUGGGAAUGACCCGGCCAUUCAUCUCUACAAGGAGAACGAGGGGCUGCAUCAGUUUGAAGAACAGCCCGUGGAAAACCUCUUCCCAGAGCUCACGAACCUGACCAGUAGCGUCCUCUGGCUUGACGUGCACAACCUGCCCGGCACGUCCCGGCGGCUCUCAGCUCUCGGCUGUCAGAGCGGUUAUGUCCGUGUCGCCCACGUAGACCAGCAGAGUCGAGAGGUUCUGCAGACUUGGACGAUCCUGCAGGACGGCCCCAUCUCCCGAGUGAUCGUGUUCAGCCUCUCGGCCCCCGAGGAGACCGAGGACAGACCACAGCGGGAGGAGUACAGCGUGCUGGUGGCCAGCAUGUUGGAACCAGCGGUGGUGUAUCGGGACCUGCUGAGCCGGGGCCUCGAGGACCAGCUUCUCCUACCUGGCAGCGACCAGUUCGACAGCGUCCUCUGUGGCCUGGUCACUGACAUCGAUUUGGAUGGGCGGCCGGAGGUCCUGGUGGCCACCUACGGACAGGAGCUGCUCUGUUACAAGUACUGCAGCCCAGAGCGCGGGCUCCCCGGGGCCCAGCGUGGCUUCCACUUGCUGUGGCAGCGGAGCUUCUCUAGCCCCCUGCUGGCCAUGGCGCACGUGGACCUGACCGGGGACGGGCUGCGCGAGCUCGCUGUGGUCUCCCUGAAGGGCGUGCACAUCCUGCAGCACAGCCUGAUCCAGGCCUCGGAGCUGGUUCUGACCCGGCUUCGGCACCAAGUGGAGCAGAGGAGACGUCAACCACAGAGGCUGGGGGAUAGGGUGGGUGCCGGGCCUGCUGAGACCCCGGCCUCCUGAGUACCCACCCGCUGCCCACCCCAGGUUCCUUGGGGUGCCCGCCUCCAGCUCUUCAUGGCGGGGGAAGCAUCCUGAAGGAGGCACUGGUCUCCCCAGACACCCCAGGGUGGUGGAGCGGUGGGUCCUGCUCUGGCUCCGCCCCAGCAUGCCCUGUGACCCCCACU